AAUGCUCUCGGGAGGAUAAGUGCGCAGAGGAGGCUGUGAACAAGAAACUCGGGUUUUCCUUAACUGAUUGUAUUUCUAAAAGAGUAGAGGGGAAAUAAACAAAGGACAUCCGUCCACGCUAUCGAUAUCACCACCACGACAACGCGGUUAGGAUGGAACAGCUGAGCGAGAUGGAGUGCGGAGUUCUGAAGCGGCUGCUGAAGGAGGACGGAACGGCGCGGUGCCUGGUGUUGGACUGUCGCUCCUUCCUGGCGUUCAGCGCCUGCCACAUACGGAGCGCGGUGAACGUCCGCUGCAACACGAUAGUGCGCCGGAGAGCGAAGGGCUCCGUGUCUCUGGACCAGAUCCUGGCUGGGGAUGAAGAGGCGAAGUGCAGACUGAUCUCAGGCCUGUAUUCUGCCGUCAUCCUUUACGACGAGCGCACACCGGAUGCGGCCACUCUCAAAGAGGACAGCACCAUCGCGCUGGUGUUUAACGCACUGGGCAGGGACACCUUUAACACAGAGGUCUAUCUCCUCAAAGGAGGCUACGACAGAUUCUUCUCUCUAUAUCCAGACUACUGUUUAAAGAGUAAAUCUCUGCCGACGCUCGCAGCUCAGAGCAGCACUGAGACGAGCUGCAUCUCCUGCACAACUCCACAACACGACCAGGGUGGACCAGUGGAGAUCCUUCCCUUCCUGUUUCUCGGCAGUGCCUUUCAUGCAUCCAAAAAAGACAUGUUGGAUGGCAUGGGCAUCUCUGCCCUGCUGAAUGUGUCUUCAAAUUGUCCCAACCACUUUGAAGGCGUUUACCAGUAUAAGUGCAUCCCAGUGGAGGACAACCACAAGGAGGACAUCAGCUCCUGGUUCACCGAAGCCAUUGACUUCAUAGACUCUGUGAAAGACUCCAACGGUCGUGUCCUUGUUCACUGUCAAGCAGGUAUUUCACGGUCAGCCACAAUUUGUCUGGCAUACCUGAUGAAGAAGAAACGUGUGUGCCUGGAUGAGGCUUUUGAGUUUGUCAAGCAGCGGCGCAGCAUCAUCUCACCCAACUUCAGCUUCAUGGGUCAGCUGCUACAGUUUGAGUCACAGGUGCUGGCCACAUCAUGCUCAGUGGAGGCAGCCAGCCCAUCAGCCACUCUAGGCCCCAAGUCUUCCCCAUCAACAAGCUCGCCCUUUAUCUUCAGCUUCCCUAUGGGGCCACACGGGCAGCCCAGUAGCCUCUCAUACUUGCAGAGCCCUAUUACCACCUCACCUAGCUGCUGAUAAAAUGCUUGGCCAUGAAUGGCAAAACAUUUCGGACUGGUAAAAACAGGCUCACUAAUGAAGGAUACUAGCAUGGACAUUAAAUCUAAGGGAAUUCUUGGAAUCACCACCAAUUUUCACCCAAACAACCAGAAGUUUGAUUGGUGGCUGGUUAGCUGGAAGUGGGACAAGAAUAUAAGAAGAAUGAACUUUAUGGGCAACGCAUCUCGGGUUCUUCCAAAGCGCUGCUGUGUGGUUUGAUUGAAUGAUGUGGGGGUAGAGACCCUUCCUCACGAUCUGACAGAGCAGUAGGCCCUUCAUCUGUGGCAGGUACUGCAGAUUGUGUCCAGGUCUGCUGACUUCAUCAUCCUCCUUCUUUUCUGAAACAAAAUGACUGAACCUGCUUGUGGUCAGGUGGUUCCUGCAGCAUUUCUCAUUUGUUUUUGCUGUAUUUUAGUUUUUUUUUUUUUUUUGUGGUCAGUGCCUUGUACAAAGAAGGUACAGGACACAGAAGGGUCUGUCUUCACAGUCACAUACUGCACAUCUCCUUCCCAGUGGGAUCAGAUAUUUGAAGGUAGAAGGACAGGCAACUCUUGACUAAAACGUUUUAACUUGCAAUACGUCUCCGUCCCUCCACCGAAACAGAGCAAUAACAUCUCCCUGCCUCUUCCCAGUUGCCACCAAAACACUGUUGUGUUUCAGAUGUCUGACACGGUACAAUCUUGCUCUUGGUGUCUUGUAUUCGGUCUCUAAUCAUUUGUACAGUAGCAGGCUCAGGCGUUAUUUCUGCUGUAUGAGUCGCAGAUGAAAGGAUGUUAAAUUCUCUGGAUUAGAAUGUUUUCAUUUUUUUUUCUAGCAUUUUGGUACAAAUGUGUUUUGUGAAGGGUACACACAUUUCCCUAGGUCACUUUUAUGGGUCUAACCACUGUAACCUUUAUUUCUUUUGUAAAUGUGGUUCCGUUGGUGGCUACAACUCCUGCUGCUGUGUGAUUACAUUGGAUAAAUACAUAAGAGUAAAGCUAGUAAAGCUUGCAGUCUUCUGAAUGUUUAUGUUAAGACACAACUCAGUAAGAGUCUCCCACCUUUGAAUUCUUCAGCUUGCCUUGAAGAGCAGAGUUCAUCUCAAUGUUGAACCGGGGGUUUAAUCAUUCCACUGAAUAACGUGGGCACCUUUUUUUAAUGAGCACUUUUAAGUGAUGCAAUAUACUGAGGUUUUGUUUUGCACAUGGCCGGAGUAGACACAACAGCUGAAUACUGUGUUUGUUACACCCGUUAGAGCUUUACUUUGUGUCCAUGUAAAUUCCAUGGUCUGUCAUCCAAAUCACUAAAGAAUGCAAUACUUUUUACUGUAUCUGUCAACUGAGAUGUUUAGACUGCCAGUGGCAAUAUCGGUCAGUUCGAUUUUUAAAGCAAUUUGUUGUGUAUUUUAUUUAUUCCUUGACUUCCACUGUCAAAUAAACAACGUUCUUUAA